AUGCGUUUCCCAUUCACGGCGCUCCUUGCGUCGAUGAUACUCGCAAUAUCAGCACAAGCCCGAUUUGUCAUAUACGCAGACGAAUGGCACCCAACGCGUCCAAACAACCAACGAGAUCGAGCUGGCAUCGACCAUGUCAUCCUCGCCUUUGCCCCAGCCAACGCAACAGCUACGUUCCAGCCGAAAGUCCCCGUACACACCAUCCGCACUGAGUUCCCCAACGCAAAGGUAAUGAUCGCUGUUGGCGGCUGGGGUGAUACGGCUGGUUUCUGUCAAGCCACGAAGUCAGACGCAUCGAUGUUCGCGUUUGCCGCCGAUAUUGCCACUAUGCUUGCCAGGACUGGAGCGGAUGGAGUCGGUGAGUACAACAUCUACGAACAUUGGUUAGUUGUGAAUACUGACAAGGAAGACAUCGAUUGGGAGUAUCCCGGCGGCAAUGGUGCGGACUACAAACAAGUGACGAACUGGGAUCAGACUUACCAGAUCGCCGCGUUUCCCAAGUUGCUCGCAACUGUUCGUGCAGCUAUCGGGAAGAAGCUGCUUUCGAUUGCCGUGCCAGGAAAAGAAAUCGAUAUGCUUGGGUACACUCGAACAACCGGACCUCAGAUCUGGCCAUCCGUCGACUUCAUCAACGUGAUGAGCUACGACCUAAUGAACCGUCGAGACACAGUAACCAAACACCACAGCUCCGUCGCCGACGCCGAAAACAGCAUAAAAGACUACCUCGCCAUGGGUGCACCUCCCUCCAAGCUCAAUCUCGGGUUCGCAUACUACGCCAAAUACUUCACCACGCAAGGCGACUGCAGUGCCAGCCCACUCAACUGCCCCAUCGUCCUCGCGGAAGAUGCACAGGGCAAAGACACACUCACCUCUGGCGCCUGGACCUUUGAGAGAUCUCGCAUGCGCCCCGUUGAUGCCUCCUCUCUGACCGUAUCCCAAGACGGCACCUGCGGUCCAGAGAAUGGACUCAAGUGUGAGAUAGGCUGUUGUUCCCAACACGGCCACUGCGGUACUUCGCCUGAACACUGCAACGGCGCCUGCCAACACGCGUUUGGAUCUGGAUGCACGGACGCCGAUGUAGCAGCUUCAUGGCAGCUCGCAGCCAAAGACGGUAUUACUGACGAAGUAGCCGGCGGACAAUACUACUUCGAUGCCACAAACCGCCUUUUCUGGACUUGGGACACACCGGAACUCAUCACGAGGAAAUUCGACAACAUCGUCCGCAAGUACAAGCUCGGAGGCGUCAUGGCGUGGAGUCUAGGUGAAGACAGCGCAGACUGGAGUCAUAUUCGACACAUGGCGAAGGAGGUUGCCAAAGGAGGACUCGGUUUGACGACUGCCAGCGACUCCAACGAGCCAGUCGAUCGCGACAUGUACGCAGAGCUCACUCAUUACUGCUGGUUGGUUUACUGUCCGGCACUUCAUCCGGACCACUACGAUGGCAAUGACUCGGUUCAGCCCAUAUUGAACGACGAUGGCCUUGUCGAGAUGCAAUACACCUCAGACGCCCUCCAAGCGACGCCAACUAAGCUCGAACCAACCGCACACAAGACUCCGGAGCCUCAUUACCGUGUCUUUUUGGAAUGCAUGGGCGAUGAUGGCUGGCUGAUAAGCUGUCCGGAAUGGGUCACCUCGAGUGUUCUUCAUGGAACCGCAACCGAGCCCACACCCGCCUUACUCGAGACCCCGUCGCCGACUGACGGUGUCUUUAUAGAAUGCCUGGAUGAGAGACUACAAUGCACUGCAUACUCCCACGCCGAUUCCCUCGCCGACUAG